AUGGACAACUAUCAUAAACCAGAGUCUAAAACAAUUCAAGAGCUCAAGGAUAUCGCUAAUAAACUGAGAAUUGAUGCCAUUAAUUCCACGCAAGCUAGUAAAUCCGGACAUCCAACAUCAUGUUCAUCAAUGGCAGAAGUUAUGUCUGUAUUGUUUUUCCAUACGAUGCGCUACAAAGUUUCUGUUCCACGUGAUCCUAACAGCGACAGAUUUAUCUUGAGUAAAGGACAUGCCGCUCCAAUCUUAUAUGCUGCAUGGGCAGAAGCUGGAUUGUUCCCUGUUGAAGAUUUACUCAAUUUACGUAAAAUCGACAGCGAUUUAGAGGGUCAUCCAACUCCAAGAUUGAAUUUCGUUGAUGUGGGUACUGGAUCCCUGGGUCAAGGUCUUUCAGUUGCUGCUGGUAUGGCUUAUGUCGGAAAAAAUUAUGACAAGGCCAAUUACCGUGUAUACUGUUUAAUUGGUGAUGGAGAAUCAGCAGAAGGUUCAAUUUGGGAAGCACUACACUUUGCCUCUUACUACAAACUUGAUAAUCUUUGUGCCAUUUUUGACAUCAAUCGUCUUGGUCAAAGUGAACCUACUUCUUUACAACAUAACAUGGAAGUAUACCGAAAGCGCUUGGAGGCAUUUGGAUUUAAUGCUUUAGUUGUCGAUGGCCAUGACGUUGAAGAAUUGGUCAAGGCAUUUCACGAAGCACAAAUUACUAAAGACCGUCCUACAGCUAUCCUCGCAAAAACAUUCAAAGGCAAGAAUUUCCCAAAUAUUGAAGAUUUGGAUAACUGGCAUGGAAAAGCUCUUGGCAAUAAAGCUGAAGAAGUCAUCGCGCAUUUGAAAUCAUUAAUAAAAAAUGCGGGUCCUUUGACAUUACAUCCGCAAAAACCUUUGAUUGAUGAUGUUCCCGUGGUAGAUAUUACCAACAUUAAACUUGACAGCCCACCUAAUUACAAGACAACUGAUCAAGUUGCCACCCGUUUGGCUUAUGGAACUGCUUUGGCUAAAAUAGCCAAAAACAAUGCACGUGUUAUUGCACUGGAUGGUGACACUAAAAAUUCUACCUUCGCUGAGAAGAUAAAAACUGUCGACCCAAAACGUUUUGUUGAGUGUUUCAUUGCUGAACAGAAUGCUGUUGGUGUUGCUAUUGGAGCUGCAUGCAGAGAUCGUACUGUUGUUUUUGUAUCAGCCUUUGCAACAUUUUUCACUCGUACUUUUGAUCAGAUUCGUAUGGGAGCAAUUUCACAAACCAAUGUCAACUUUGUUGGAUCACACUGCGGAGUAUCAAUUGGUGAAGAUGGACCAUCACAAAUGGGUCUCGAAGACAUUGCAAUGUUCCGUGCAGUUCCGGGCUCAACAGUGUUUUACCCGAGUGAUGCAGUGUCAACUGAGCGGGCUGUCGAAUUGGCUGCCAAUACCAAAGGUGUUUGCUUCAUACGUACAUCACGUCCCAACACUGCCAUCCUCUAUGACAACAACGAGUCAAUGAAUAUCGGCAAGGCCAAAGUAAUCCGCAAAGCUGCUAAAGACCAAGUUCUCGUAAUUGGUGCUGGUGUAACUCUUCAUGAAGCAUUGAAAGCCGCAGACCAACUAGCCGCAGCCGGUAUCAGUGUACGUGUACUUGAUCCAUUCACUGUCAAGCCGAUUGAUUCAGCAACCGUAAUAGCUAAUGCUAAGAAAUGCUGUGGUAAAAUCAUUACCGUCGAGGAUCAUUACCCUGAGGGUGGCUUAGGUGAAGCAGUUGCAUCAGCUGUAGCACUUGAACGCAACAUAAUCAUUAAAAAACUUGCCGUUUCAAAAGUACCACACUCAGGACCACCUGAUGUUCUUCUGGACGUUUACGGUAUAAGUGCGGCUAAAAUAGCCGAAGCCGUAAAAGAUAUUAUCAAACAUUGA